AUGAAGUGUUUAGGAGGAUUGAAUGGCAUUGUCUGGAACAAAUCACUGGACUCCAAGUCAUUUGAGGAGGCAUGGAGUUGUAUCAUGGAGGAAUAUGGUUUGGGUGACAAUGGUUGGUUUCGUUACUUGUUCGAGUCUCGUACAUAUUGGGCAUCCCCAUAUUUUCAUGACGAGUUUAUGUCAGGACUGGUUAGGAAAACGUCUCGAUCAGAGUCUCAAAAUAGUUUUUUCGGUAUGUUCUCUAAUGGUCAUUCUAGUUUGGUUGAGUUCUUGGUGCAUUUUGGAAGUGCUGUUGGUGCGCAGCGUCAUGCACAAGCAAAAUUGAAUGCUGAUUGUGAAUCUUGUUUUCCUGUUUUGAAGACACCAUUGGCUUUGGAGAAGCAUGCAAUGGAUGUUUACACCAUUUCUGUAUUUUAUGAUGUUCAAGUAGAGAUUUGUGCAGCUUGUUAUUCGUCUCAAGUGGUGUCUUUGUGUGAUUGUGAUGGCCAUGUGUCAUAUGGGAUAAAAGAUGGUGCCCAACGGGCAUGGUAUGUGGAGCUAGUCUUGUCUGAUUAUACUGCUACAUGUUCUUGCAAGAUGUUUGAGCGGACGGGGUUGUUGUGUAGGCAUAUUUUUUUUGUGUUUAAAGAUCGUGGGCUUGAGAGUAUUCCUUCUAGGUAUGUGGUGUCUCGGUGGACAAAGGGUGCUUGUUUGAAGCCAAUAUUUCAUAUUGAUGAUACAAUUGUUGAUCAAUCUUCUAAAGUGGAGAAUGUUAGGAUUUUUACUAAUCUAUUGUGGUCUGACAUAUAUGCUUGCGAGGGCUUGGCCGAUGGUAAUAUAGAACGUUUGUCACAGCUACGACGUGUUAUUUGUGAGCAAAGGCAAUUAUUUCUCCAAGAGGGGAGUGAGGAUGGCAGUGGGGUGGUGGCUGGUGGCAGCAAACAAAGUGUGAUCAAUUCAUUUUGUGGAGAUGUGUCUCAGGGUUCAACAGUGGAGGUGCGUGAUCCCAUUCAAGCUAAGAACAAGGGUAGCGGUAAGCGGUUGAAGAGUACAAGGGAGAAAGCUGCUAGCAAGUGUGUAAAGCAAUCAAGGAAAUGCCAUACUUGUGAUGAAUAUGGUCAUAAUAGUAGGACAUGCCCUUUAAAUGGUUAG